GAGUGAAAUUAUUUUGAGAUUCCGGGAAUUCUCCCUGAAACUCUCUGCAGCUAGCCGCUACCACGACCGCCGCCGCCACCAUCGGAACAGCGAAAAAGAGAACAACUUCAAUCAGAAACAAAAUUAGGGAAACGGCGCCAGUGGCCGGACCAUGGCCGGCCGCAAUCACCUCCCGGCAGCAUCACAUCGUCAUCUAAUCAGCGAACACCACGUCACCCACCAACACCACCUCGAAGACCGCAUCGCUAUUCAACACCGGGAGAUCCAAUCGCUCCUCCUUGACAACCAACGCCUCACCGCCAACCAUGUUGCUCUCAAGCAAGACCUAUCGCGCGCACAACAAGAACUCCGGCACCUCUCCGCCGCCGCAGCCAAUGUCAAAGCCGAGAGAGACGCUGAGGUGCGAGAGGUCUACGAGAGGUCCCUCAAGAUGAAUGCUGAAGUCCGUUCUAUUGACGUGAUGAAAGCAGAGCUCGCUCAGGUGCGGGAUGAUAUACAGAAGUUUACCAUGGAUCGUCAGGAGUUAACGGAACAGUUGCAGGCAAUCAACGGUGAGUUAGUGAAGGCUAAAGCAGAUGUGAAGCAAUUGCCAGAGAUUGAGGCUGAGAUUCAGAGAGUGCAGCAAGAAAUUCAAAAAGGAAGGGCUGCCAUUGAAACUGAGAAGACAACGCGUGCUAGUAACCUUAAUCAACGCCAAAUAUUGGAGAAAAACAUAAUCUUCGUGUCCCGUGAACUACAAAGACUACAUGAAGACGUGGUUAAUGCAGAGAAAAGAGCAAUGGCUGCAGCUGCAGCUAAUGUAGCAGCAAACCCUGGUGUUGGAUACGGUGUAAACUAUGGACAUCCUUAUGGCAUGCCUCAGGUAUGUUUUGAUACUGCCUCUUUUAAUCUUUAUGAAGCAAUGAGCUUUGUGUUUCAGGUCCAGGUUGAUGGUUUUCAAGCGGGGGUUCAAUCGGAGCAAACAUCCUCCGAUAUGAAAUUGGACGAUGAAGGAUCUCAAGCACAGGAAUGAUCAGGAGCACCUCGGCGCUGUGUCUUUAAGAUUAUAUAGACUAGUCAGGUUCGGUGUUCAGCUAAUUAACACAUGCGAUGAAUCAACUGUCAACUGAUAUAACAAUAUUUUUUUUGCAAAUUGAGAGCCCGUUAUAUCCUUA